AUGACCGAUGAACAUGGGCACCAGCGGCCAGUCGCCUUUUUGGCAUACAGGUAAGUACGCAGCCCCUUUCCUUGCCCAUUCAUGUACGGUAGACUAAUGCUAGCGCCUUACCGUCCGUUCACGAACCUAUCUGCCUUGCGGGGGGAAUAUGUUAAGAGGCCUGGCGCUGUGUCUGAAUGUUAAUACGCCUUGCUUGCGUUACGGUUUUGGAAACAUUUGGAACUUUACUUACAUAUCAGCGCAAUUUGUUUUAUUCUCAAAUACUAAAGAAACGCUUACUGUACACAGUUUUAGCACAGAUGCACAUGGCUGUGUUUUGAAUAACACAUGCUUCCGGCUGACGUACAACACUUCUUACCCAGUUGCGCUCCAGUGGAAAUUGCCCUGUGCAACUGUGUUGAAAUGACAUACAGAAAGUGUAUUGGUUAUAUUUGAAAAAUAUUUUCUUGCUUAUAUGAAAGUUCACUUCCAAAGGUUUCCAAAACCGCAUUGCAAGCAAGGAUUAUUAAAGUUUCUAAAUGUUAAAACAGAGCGUUGGGACUGUAGUACACAUUGGGCCAGCUGUGGUCCAUACGUUUGACUGAGAACCCUUCGACUGUAUGCCCCCUUGGGAUCUCGAGAGCUACAACUUUCCAAGUGUAUGCUUUUUCUGCAUUGUCAACGCGUGGGGUUAUUAUUUACUCCAUUCUUUAUCAUAAUGAUCUGCAUUGUAUUGCACAAAUUUGAGAGGGGUAGUCAAAUAACCACCUUAUUUUUUCUCUUUCCUAUGAAGAGUGAAUGGCCAAUACAUCAUGGAAGGGUUGGCCUCCAGUUUCCUCUUCACCAUGGGAGGCUUGGGCUUCAUAAUCCUGGAUCGCUCAAAUGCCCCAAACAUCCCUAAACUCAACCGCUUCCUCCUGUUGUUCAUUGGUUUUGUUAGUGUCCUGCUCAGCUUCUUCAUGGCCAGAGUGUUCAUGAGAAUGAAACUGCCGUAA